CCGUAUUUAUCAAACAACUUAAGUCAUAAAUAAAACUUAAGUCAGUUAAAAAAACUUAGUUUUCUUGUUUUUUUACUUAAGUUUAGUGGAAAAACUUAAGUCAUAUUUAUCAAAAGACUAAGACUUAAGUUUUGUCAUUUUUUGACUUAACUAUUAAGACUCACCUUGCUAGGCUUAAAUCAUGUAUGUUUGACUUAAGUCAUGUAAAAUGGCUGCCAGACGCAAUUCAAGAAUAUUUAAUGAGAGAAGAGAUAUACUACAUUCAUUAGAUGACAAUGAACUGAUACAGCGGUACAGAUUUGAUAGGAACAGUAUUGUUUAUAUCUGUGAUAUCCUUGAACAGGAGUUGAGUCCUAUAACACAGCGGAGUUGUGCCGUGUCCUGCGUUACGAAGGUGCUUGUCACUUUGCGUUAUCUUGCCACUGGCAAGUUCCAAAUAUGUAACAGUGAUGACCAUGGUCUGAGCCAACCCACUAUAUCUCGGGUGAUUUUCCAAACGCUUGACUCCCUCACAAGUCACCGUAUCCUUCGUAGAUUUGUUACCUUUCCUGUACAACCCCAAGAAAUAAGACGCCAUCAACAGCGCUUCUAUCAGACUGCCAAUUUCCCGGGUAUUGUUGGGGUAAUUGAUGGCACCCACAUUCAAAUUCAGGCCCCAUCAGUCAAUGAGAAAGAAUUUGUCAACAGGCAUAAUUACCAUAGUGUAAAUACACAAAUAGUGUUUGACAGCGACGAUCAUAUUAUCGACAUCGUUGCACGUUGGCCUGGCUCAACACACGACUCCCGCAUUUUAACAACAAGUGGGUUAUGUCGGAUGUUCGAGGGGAACCGGCUACCAGUAAGUUGUCAUCUGCUUGGAGACAGUGGCUACCCUUGUCGGAGAUGGAUCCUAACACCAUUUUUGCGUCCUCUCCAAGGACCACAGACAAACUACAACAGAUCACAUAAGAAAACAAGGAGUUGUGUGGAGAGGGGAAUUGGGCAGCUGAAACGUCGGUUUCAUGUUUUACAUGGGGAAAUCAGACUUUCUCCACAGAAGGCGUGCAAGGUAAUAACUGCCUGUGCAGUGCUGCAUAACAUCAGCAAAGACAGGAAUGUGCCUAUGCCAGUUGUACAUGGAAACAGCCAAUCCGGACAGCUAAGGGCACAGAUGCAAGGUCUAUCAGCCAUUGCACCUGCAGCAACAGGGUUGAGAUAUCGGGAACAGUUUGCAAUCACCUACUUUCCAUGUAAGAUAUUUCCUGCUACUAUUAUUUGGCACUCUAAGUAUGCACUUAGUAUUAAUUUAAAUUUUCCUAAGGGACAGCCCAUUUGAUAUUCGGGGGUGGGUGGGAAAAAUACAUUGUUGCAAGGUGUUUUUCUAAAAACAAUUAGCUCAUAUUUUUAAAUAAUGCGAUAUCUGU